GGAAAUCCCUGGAAGAAUGGUUAUGCAUCAUUCAGACAGAAAUCAACAAAAUUGAAUACCAGCAAAAGGAAACAAAGGCCAUGGCAGAAGACAAUGGAACAGAAUCAAACACGGGUGAGCCCACAGAUACGAGCCUUGAGGAAGAAGAUAGCCUGGUGACAAACAUUGGAGCAGAGGGGGGUGAUGCAGCAGAAUCGACAGCUUCAGAUGACUUACAAUCUUCAUUGCUUGGUGGUCAUGACCAAGGACUUGGAGGCAUUCUAACACCAACGAGAUUAUCUUGCAAGAAGGCUGCUCAUGACAUCAUCAGUACCACUGCACCUAGAAUAUGUGCUGUAAUACAAGCCUUCUAUAUGAGCUGUUCAUGUCAGAUACAACAACAAAUGACUCCACCUCGCUUCAUUGAAUUUGUGUGUAGGCAUAAUUCAGCAUUGAAAUUUCUUGUCGCAAGGAAUCCACGUGUUAUAUUCGAUCAUUUCCAUUUUUUGCUGGAGUGUCCUGAGUUGAUGUCUCGAUUCAUGCACAUCAUCAAGGCACAACCGUUCAAAGCAAGAAGAGAAUGGUUUUAUGAAAAUCUACAUCCACCAGAUCUCAAUCAGCAACUAUUCCAUGCGUCAGCAUUGAAUGCUGAUGUUCUUAUCAUCCAAAGAGAGCAAUUGUUCAAUAGUAGCUGCAAAGAGGUGCUCAAGAUGAAUCCCACUAAACUGAAGAAAGGUCUGCUGGUGAGGUUUAAUGGUGAGGAAGGAAUGGGUCAAGGCGUGAUUAGGGAAUGGUUCGAUGUGCUCUCUAAAGAAAUCCUCAAUCCAGAUUAUGCUUUGUUUACACAGUCUGCCGAUGGAAGUACAUUCCAACCAAAUAGCAAUUCAUCCGUAAAUCCAGACCACUUAGAGUACUUCAAGUUUGCUGGCCAAGUGAUGGGCCUUGCUCUCUACCACAAGCAUCUGCUCAACGUUUACUUCACUCGCUCAUUCUACAAGCAUAUACUAGGCAUUCCAGUGAAUUAUACAGAUGUUGCAUCCAUAGAUCCAGAGUAUGCAAAAAAUCUUCAGUGGAUCUUGGACCAUGAUAUCAGCACUCUGGGCCUUGACCUGACCUUCUCUGUUGAGACAGAUGUGUUUGGUGUGAUGCAGGAAGUUGAAUUGAAACCUGGUGGUUCAAAAAUCCCGGUCACAGAGAAAAACAAGACUGAAUAUGCUCAACUUGUGACAGAAUUGAGAAUGACACGAGCUAUACAGCACCAGAUCGACUACUUCCUCAGUGGCUUCCAUCUGUUUAUUCCAGCAUCUUUGGUACAGAUGUUUGAUGAAUAUGAGCUGGAGCUGAUGUUGUCUGGCAUUCCAGAAAUAGAUGUUGCUGAUUGGAAGUCAAAUACAGAGUAUAAUGGCUAUAGUGUCGAUUCGGAUCAGAUUGUUUGGUUCUGGAAAACAGUACAGAAGUUUGACCACAAAGACUGCAUUCAGCUCUUACAGUUUGUGACUGGCAGUUCUCGUGUACCACAUGGUGGAUUCUCUGUCUUGAGUGGUGGUGGAGGUCCCCAGAAGUUCACCAUCUCCCAUGUAGCCUACUCACCCCAGCUCCUGCCUACAGCUAGUACAUGCAUCAAUCUGUUGAAGUUACCAGAGUACCAAUCAGAAGCUGAGCUCGGGGACAGAAUGCUCAUUGCCAUUCAGUGUGGAAGUGUUGGCUAUGGAAUGGCUUAGUCGAGAUGUCUUCAAAAAGUGUGCAAGCUUAUAGACACUUUACCAUGCAACAAUAAAUUACACUUGAAAGGGGAUAUCUGGACUUGGUAUUUUCCUAGAUUAUUCGGUGGAGGCCUAUGAUGAAAAACACUAUUGAAAAAUUAAAGAAUUACGUUUUUGUAUGUGUUCCAAGGACAAAAACUUUCCACGAAAGCUUUUUCCCUGAUAACAACAUUGACGCUGUGCAUGUGUGGCACAGAGUUCAAAACGGAGCAAUUUAUGCAUCUCGACUGAGGCUGGCAUAAUUCACAUCCCUCAGCUGUUCCUCACACUGCCAAACAUCGUCUGCUACGGUUUAAGGAGUUUUGGUAGCAGCCUGCCUUUUGAAGUGAAAUCUGGGAAUAUGAGGGACAAUAUCCCAAUAACAAUAAUUUAUUUUUUGAUAAAAGGGUGUUAAAUUGUUGAUUAAUCUUGUUUUUUAGCUCACCUGGGUGAGCUUAUGUCGUCCGUUG